AUUUACACUGAGUACUGAGAAGACAGUGGUGAAAGGGAACGGAAAUGGCGGCACCAACCUUGAACGGCUUUCCCUCCUCCAUGCGAGUUGAAUCGUCGUUUCUUCACUCGAAGCUCGACCAAGCACGCUUCUUCUCGGUCACACUUCGAAUCCCUAAGCUUCGUCCUAUUAUUUGUUGUGCCUCCAAGUCAUCCACUGUGCCACCUAAGAAGCGUUCCUCUCCCUCAUCCAACAGAAGCAGAAACAACAACAACAACAACAACAACAAAAAGAAUAGUAAGAGCAAAGAUUCCGUAACUGUUUCUGAUUCCAACUCCAUUUCCGAUUCUUCUUUUCCGCCUCAACUUCCAACGUCACUACCCAAACCGCCAACGGGAUUCGUCUUGGACGAACGCGGCAAAGUUCUAUCUGCUUCCGUUGACCGACUCGCCACUCUAGUUGAUCCAGCGAAUAACCUUCCCUUAGAGUGUGUUAUAAGGAGAGAGUUCACAAGUUCUCAAGGUGAUGAAUGUACGUUGCUCUGCCCGGUUGACAUGCCUAUUCAGAUAUUACAGAGCACAGGUGAUGGAUGGUCGGAUGUCAGUGAUGAGGAACUUGAAUCUAUUCUUCCAUCUGCUGCUUAUGCACUUGCCAAGAUACGAUUGUAUCUGGUUUAUAGUGGAUUCUGUUAUACAGCUCGUGGUGGCUUUUGUUACACAGAAGAGGACAUAUUUGACUUUCAUACAGAUGGUAAAGGCGAUAGCUUGCCAACUGAAGGUGUAGAAAUUACUCACUUCAGUCUGAAUGGAGCACACUACAUGAUAUAUACGCCUUCUGAUCCCCUUCUCUUUGUUGCUGUGAAGGAUCAGAAUGGAAUGUUGCAAAUUGCUGAUGAUGAAUUGCUUGAGGAUCCUGCUGUCCUUAGCGCCAUAGAUGAAGAGACCGAAUUUAAUGCCUUGGUGGAGGAAGAAGCUGCGCUGCUUGACUCACUAUUGGGUAAAAAAUAAUCAUAUAUACUUUUUGCAGUAGAGCUGUCCCAUUGUUUUGCUUUUAGUAUUUUUCCUCUGGAUUGUCCCGUCCUGUCUGUUUGCAUAUCAGCAAAUAUCCGGGGAUUUAACCAAUCAUGUGUAUAACUGUAAAUGAUUAAUUUUAUAUGUAUGCUAAUGCAAUAUU